CCCAUCUGUCUGAGUGUCCCCACCAUGACAGAGGGCCCAGGUCAGGGCAAUCAAUGGACACCUCCGAUCUGGGUGCUACCCUGUGGCAGUGAUGAGAGGGCUCUGGUGAGGAUGGUCCACUGUCACCUGACACCGGGUGCCUGUGAGUGACAGAGAUGAGAGGCCUGAGAGGGACAGUAGCUGUGAUCUCAGCUCUAGGAGCCUGAAAUGAGGAAGAAGCAUGAGGUCCCGGGUGAGGACGUUCAGCUGUCGCCUCCAUUGGGGAGCCACAAGCAUGAGGGACCCCGUGAGGACAGUCACUGGUCACCUCAUCUCUGACAUAGUCCUUAGGGCCUCGCUGAAUCGAGACAAAUGUCACAGCUGUGGGGCCCUAGGAUGGGGAACAGACACAACGGACUAGUGAGGAAAGACACCUGUCACCUAAGCUCUGGGUGGCAACGUUGGCGCUGAGGGCUUUCAACUGGCACUGAAUCUCUGCAGUGGGACACAGCAGGAGGGCCCAGGCGAGGACAGCCAACAGUCCCCUUAGCUCUGGGCGCCUACACUGAGUGAGAGGCGUUGGGCCCAGGUUUCAACGUUCAACUCACAUUUAACUGUGGGAUGCCUGGACCAGGGCGAGGCUUAGAGGCCCAACCUCAGGUAAAGGCAUGACGGGCAGGCAAGGGCACACAGGUAGCCCUUCAGCGAUGGCAGCCACCCUGGGGCAGAGACGUGAGGCCCAGCAGGGGGCACUCAAAUGCCACUUCACCUCUGUACAGCUCCACACCACAGAGACGUGAGGGCCCAGGUGAGGUGAGUUGACUACAGGCACAAAUCUUGGUAGCUACACUGGAACGGAGUGAGGGACCAUGGAGGUCAUUUAACUGUCACCUCAGCUCUGGACUCCUACACUGUGGCAGAGGUGGCCUCAGGUGAGGGCAUUCAACUGUCACCGGAGAUCUGAUUGCCUAAUCUAGGGUAGAGGCAAGAGGUCCUGCAAUAAGACAGUCGCCCAUCACCUCAGCUCUGGGUGCCUACUCGGGGGUAGAGGCGGGAGGUGCCGGCACGGGGGCAUGAGCAUGCAGGCCCACGUGACCACUGUCAAGUGACAACUCCGUGCUCGGUGUCUACACUGAGAGGGGAACGAGGGAUCAGCUGAGCACGCGGGCUCUGGGUGCCUACACUCAGGCAGGGACACGAGGAGCCAAGGAAACAGUGAACUGGUGCCGCAGCUGUGGGAACUACAUUCUCUGCCAUCUCCCGCUGGGUGCCCGCACUGGGGCAGGGCCAUGAGGGUCUAUGACAAGAGGGUCUCAUGCUCUCCAAGUCCCCAUCGAAAAACAUUCCUGGAGAAACAAAGCUGCCCCUUGAGGCACAGAAGACUUGGGAUGAGUCCCAGGCCUCUGGCCCUCUCGAGCGUGGUGCCCCUGGGGUUGGUGAAUGUGCCUCUGGGCCCUCAGGGGGGCUCAUUAAACCAGCCUUUCCAAAAUGCCUGCUCUGAGCAAGGUGUAAACACUGUCCUCUAAGAACCAGCCGUCUGGCCGCUGCCCUGUGCCUGGCAGGAGCUUCGUCUACUGGGCACCACGACUGCCAGCAUUACAGGGAAGAGCGCUAAGGAGGGCACGGUGCCCAGGGCUUGGUACUCACAGAUAUGUGAGAGUUUGGCAAAUGGUCAGUGCUAUUUCUGGUCCCAAAUUCCAUGACAAAACUCAAAUACCAACCCGUGACAGCAGCACAGGGGCCUGAAACUUAUCACAUUGAUCCUGUUAGGGAGAACGAGGGAGUGUUGUGAAUGCCAGUGGAGAAGCUCCUGGAUGCUAACCAGAGCUCUGUCACUGCCUGGCUCUAUCACCUUUCUCUGUAUUCUGGGUUCUUUCCUUAGGAAGGUUUCCAGAAAGCGGUGACAUUGGGUCAAAGGGCACGGAUGUUUCAGUGGUUCUCACGCCGCCCGGCUGCUGCCGUCCAGAAAGAUGGGUCCAGGCGACAGAGGUGGCCCCAGCUCUCCCAGCGCGGGAGGUGAUCGGGGUGCCCUGGGCGGUGUCGGGGGCGCCUUUGUGAAGGAGGCUGGAGGAGCAGGCAGGGGUGACAGCGUGUGAGCGCGCUGCCCUCUAGAAAGAAGACGGCGAAAGGGAGGCCGCGGAAGGCUGAGCCUGCUGGCCCCUGGCUCUUCGCAUUCUGCUGUUUCCCGUACACGCUUCUGUCCCUCCGGGUUUCGAAAAGGCACACAUUUGAACUUUUAAACAAUGUCUAAUUACGCCCCCAGAUCCAUCCGCCCCUUCCUAAACUUCAGAAAUCCGAGCGCGGGGCACGACCACAGCCCCGCCCUCAAAGCCUGGGAACGCUGGGCUCUCCCUCCUGAACGAAGCCUCAGAGGAGACCUCGGGGGCGGGGCUGAGUAGGGCCCCUCCCCUUGGCAGCCUGGCAGCCCGGCCCCGCGGCUCCGCCGGAGCGUGCGUCAGGGGCGGGGCGGGGCGGGGCGGGGCCGGCCCGGGCCCCUCCCACCCGGUGGCCGGUCGCCCAGCCCCGACCGAUGGCGGGGUGGCGCCUGCGGGCCGUGCUACCGCUCUGGGCCGCCAUUGCCGGGCCUCUCGCUCCGCGCAGCGGAGCUCCCUCCCCUCGCGUCGCCGAGCAGAGCGGGGCGGCCGGCCUGACGGGGCUGCUCCUGACCGAGCUCGCAUCCCCCCACCGCCAGAGCGCACGGUCCACAAACGCUGCACCUGACGGCUGCCCCACCCCAGCGGGAGAAGUGGACAUGAGGUUGGCAGGUCCCCUCCGCAUCGUGGCCCUGGUCAUCUCCGUGGGCCUCACCUGGCUCGUAGCCAGCAUCCUCCUCGGUGGGCCUGGCGGCGGCUUUCCUCGCAUCCAGCAACUCUUCGCCAGCCCAGAGAACUCAGUGACUGCAGAGCCGAGGGCCAGGAAGUACAAAUGCGGCCUGCCUCAGCCGUGUCCCGAGGAGCACCUGGCCUUCCGCGUGGUCAGCGGGGCUGCCAACGUCAUUGGACCCAAGAUCUGCCUGGAGGACAGGAUGCUCUGUCCCCCUGCUAGGCUCAUGAGCAGUGUCAAGGACAACGUGGGCCGGGGACUGAACAUCGCCCUGGUGAACGGGGUAAGCGGAGAGCUCAUCGAGGCCCGCGCCUUCGACAUGUGGGCGGGAGAUGUCAAUGAUCUACUGAAGUUUAUCCGGCCGCUGCAUGAAGGCACCCUGGUGUUUGUGGCUUCCUACGAUGACCCAGCCACCAACCACGCCUGUUUUCCUGCAGGGAAGGCCUCUAAACUCCCUCCUGUCGGACAGCCCACCAGCCCGCUCUGGCUUUUCAGGGAAGACUGAAAGGACUGAUGGUAGAGCGGGGAGCAGCCUUCUAACUACAUUUGCUCUCCUUGACCCCUGGCACCAAUUCCCGUGCAGCUGGAAUAUAAAAACACAGGUUUCCUCAAGGGCUAACACAUCUUUUAGGUUUUCCAUCCCCAGUCCUUCCAGCUGACCCAUCCCCCUUCUCCCUCUGGCCAGUUUUACCCCAUCCUCAGGCAGCGACAGCACCACUGCUCUUUUGCAAACUGCAGUCUUCCACACAGCAUGUGCCAAGUUCAGCCCUCUCACCUGUGCCAGGCUGCUUCCAUCAGGACAGCUCAACCCAUUUGAGAGGGACAGUACAGACUUUCUGGGACACCAAGUCCACACACACAAAUGGCUUAUGAACUGAGGCUAAAGAACAGCCUAGAGCUAUGGCCUCUGAAUGUUUCUGGAUCAUUGACAUAAAUCAAACCCAGAGUGUGUACCCUCACCAUGUUUGUGUCUGCUUACAUGUCACACGCAUGUACUAAUCUGAACUUUAUAGCACACAUACACAACUAGAAUUUUUAAACAAGUAAAAUGUAUUUAAAUAAGGCUAAAUGAAAAUAGGUUUUUAUUUAAAUGAUUACAAUUAUUUAUUGGAAAAAUUAAAUAGAAGAGAUGCUA